GCUUUUCCGAUCCUUCUCAACGACACCUAUUUCUCGUGGAAAAGGAAAACCCUAGCGACAGCAACGCCACCGCCAUGAUCUACGACGUGAACUCCCCCCUCUUCCGCUCCUUCCUCAGCCAAAAGGGUGGCGCCUCCGAUAAGAGGAAAUCGGAGGAUCAAAAGCCGAAGGAGCAGAGGCCCAAGGCCAGUGAGAACAAGCCUGUGAUGACUGAAUGAUCAACUACGUGUGAGCAUGUAAGAGCCUAGAUGAUAACAAAUAGUUAUACCCGUGUCAGAGCCUCAUCUUUGCCCUUUAAACUAAAUUCCUCUAAACUGGUGCAGAUUUUGUUGGUUUCAAGGAUAUUAUUAUGUUUGAACUGUCGAUGUAUUUUUAGUCUCUAAUAUCAGUAUUUUGCGGCCCACUGUAAGUCUGCUUUGAAAUUUGCCUUCUGUGUGUCUAGUCAA